AUGAAUGGUCAAUCAUCAUCAAAUUCAAAACAUAAUCAAACAAAUGAGGUUGAUACACCAACAACAAUGCCUCAUUAUGAUUUUGUUCUACCAUCAUAUAAUAGAGAUCGACGUUUAUCAUCAACAAUUUCAACAGUCAUACCCGACGCUACAUUUAAUGCUGUUUCAGGUGAUGUUAGUUUUUCAAGUGCCGAACAAAUUCCAUCAUCAUCCGAAAUAGAAAAUAAUACUAAAGAAAAUGAAACUCGUUAUACAUUGGAACAAAUGGUUUCAUAUCGACAUGGACGACAUGUUGAUGAUAAAGUAUUAUCACGUAAAGUUAGACGAUUCUAUGCUAAACAAGAUCAAAUCAUUGAUCAAUUAUCAACAAUGCAUGAACGACAUACAUGCAGUACAGCACAUGAUGAACGUCUUGAACGACAUAAACGAUGGGCACUUAUUCUAAUUAAAACCACACUUGUUUCUAAUAUUAUCUUGGUCAUAGGAAAAGUUUUUUCUGCUAUUGUAUCGAAAUCUUUAUCAAUUGCAUCAUCUGCUAUUGAAAGUACAAUUGAUCUAAUGUUAAAUUUUGCUAUCUGGUGGGCGAAUAGAGCAAUAAGAAAGAAAAAUCCACAUCUUUAUCCACAAGGACGAACUCGACUCGAACCAAUUAUUAUUAUUAUACUUAGUAUUGUUAUGUGUGCUGCAAGUUUUCAAGUUAUUUUCGAAGGAGUUCGUUCAGUAAUUGAAGAUGUGAAUUAUUUUCGUAAUGUUAGUGGUUAUGCAUAUGAAAAACCACCGGUUGAUAUUAAUCCUGCUGCAAUUUCAGUUAUGGUUGCAACAAUUGUCAUAAAAGUUGUAUUAUCGAUAUUAUGUUAUCAAAUUCCAACUCCAACAAUGUCAGCACUUGCAGCUGAUCAUCGAAAUGAUGUUGUUGCAACAGUUGUUGCAUUAGUAUUUGGAAUUAUUGGUUCAAAAGCAAUAGACGGAGAAAUUAAACCAAGAGAAUUAUCAGUUAUUGAUCCAGUUGGUGCGAUAGUAAUUAGUUUAUAUAUUAUUAUAUGUUGGAUUCCUCAAGUUCGUCUUCAUAUUCGUAAUUUAACUGGUUAUACAGCACCUUCAAAUUUUCUUCAACAAUUAACUUGGCUUGCAUUUCAUCAUUCUCCAUUAGUACAUAAAAUAGAUGCCGUACGAGCAUAUCAUUUUGGUACACAUUUUCUUGUUGAAAUUGAUGUUCUUCUUCCAUAUGAUUUAAAACUUGCCGAAGCAGUUCAUGUUGGUAUUGGUCUUGAACAAAAAAUCGAAGCAUUACCAGAAGUUGAACGUGCUUUUGUUCAUUUAAAUUGUGAACAUAUGAAUACAAAUUCUAAUAGUAUAACAGUUAAUCAAAAUCAACAGAUAAUUCCUUCUGUUAAUCGACGACAACAUAAGAUUGUUUAG